GACAAAAUCAUCACGAAGAAACAUCCAUCAUAAUAAUAUUCCUCAAUACCCACCAAGCCAAAUACCAAAAAAAAAUUAAGAAAAAUAAUGUUCAUGAUUUGGAUUUAUAUUUGUGAACACAAGACUCAUUGAGACUUAACAUGGAAGUAUUGUUUUAGGGUUUCUUGAAUAGUUCAACUUUGUAUUGUAUGUUCAUAGUUCUGUUUUUGUUUCUGGUUAUAUUAAUGGCGGAUUCCAAUUCAUUUGAAGAUCAAGAGUGUGAUUAUUUGUUCAAGGCAGUGAUGAUCGGGGAUUCUGCAGUUGGGAAAUCGAACCUUUUAUCAAGAUUUGCAAAGGAUGAAUUUAGGUUAGAUUCAAAGCCAACCAUUGGAGUUGAAUUUGCUUACAAGAAUAUUAAGGUUGGAGAUAAGCUCAUCAAGGCUCAAAUUUGGGACACUGCUGGACAAGAAAGGUUUAGAGCCAUCACAGGUUCGUAUUAUCGAGGAGCCCUAGGAGCUCUACUAGUUUAUGACAUAACUAGAAGAGUAACCUUUGAAAAUAUAAAGAAAUGGUUGCAUGAACUCAGAGAAUAUGGCAAUUCAUCCAUGGCCAUUGUUCUUGUUGGCAACAAAUCUGAUUUAACCCAUUCCAGAGAAGUUAAUGAAGAAGACGGCAAAGCUCUUGCAGAGCUUGAAGGUUUAUAUUUCAUGGAAACUUCUGCCAUGGAAAAUAUUAACGUCGAGGACGCGUUUUUGCAAUUAAUUCGUAAAAUUUAUGAAACUACUAUCCAAAAAAAUUUAGAAGCUAAAUUGAAUGAACCAAUCCCCCCAAUUAUCCAACCUGGAAAACAAAUUAUCAAUAUUGUUGAUGAAGUUACUGCUACUAAACAAUAUAGUUGUUGUUAUAAGUAAUUAGCUUUCUUUUUUUUAUUUCUCUUUUUUUCUUGUGUAAUUUUUUUUUUUUUUUUUUUUAACUUUGUUAUAUAUACAGUUUUAUGAUACAAAUUGUUGGCCUUGUUGCUAGGGGUUGAUUUGUUGGCACAGUUUCAUGAUAUAUGAGUAAAAUUACAUUUGAA